UUGUCCGUCCCUCUUCUCUUUCAACUGCCGCUCCGCGUCCAACUCGCGUUUAUUUAGAGUAAUAUAAUCAAAAGUGAUUUUCUCCAUGUACAAGUAUAUAUAUAUAUGGAGGAGAAAACUCCACUUUCAAUCUGUUUGAAAAUAGUGAGACAAGCUCAAUUAAAGCUUAAGAUAAAUUCAAUUUUACAAUAACGACGAGUGUAAUCGCAGUUAACGGGUCACAACGAUGUCGUUUUACAUUGGUCGAGAGGCUUCAAAGAUAUGGAAGAGGAUUUGUACGGAGAGUGGAAUAGAAAUCAAUCUUCUUUCAGAGAAAUGGAAGUAUAUUCUUGGAGUACAUACAUGGAUUCGCUGCUCGAGGGGUUCACUACAUACAUCGGCCUGGACGUACUCUUCAGGAUGUCGGCUUCUUUCUUCUUCCGGUUGGUUUUAUUGGUUGUUGGUUCUCUUUAUCUCCCCUCUCUAGGGAGAUGCUCACUCAUAUUCUUCUUUUUUCUUUCUUGUUCUUUUAAACGAAAACUCCAGGAGCUUGGGCAAGAUAAAGGUUAUAUAAGUGAAACUGUAUUCACCACCCUCUUUCUGUCUUUUGUCUUGUGGACAUUCCAUCCUUUCAUUUUCAAGAUCAAAAAGAUCUAUACAGUUCUGAUAUGGUGCAGGGUCUUGGCUUUCUUAGCUGCUUGUCAGUUCCUUCGGAUCAUCACAUUCUACUCUACACAACUUCCUGGUCCAAAUUAUCACUGUCGUGAGGGAUCAAAGCUUGCCACAUUGCCUCCUCCAAAUAGUGUUUUAGAAGUUCUAUUGAUUAAUUUUCCUAGGGGCAUGCUUUACGGUUGUGGUGAUCUGAUAUUUUCAUCUCAUAUGAUAUUCUCUCUAAUCUUUGUGCGGACAUAUCAUAAAUACGGGGCAAGAAGAUAUAUAAAACUGUGUGCUUGGUUAGCUGUUAUUGCUCAGAGCUUCUUGAUUGUUGCAUCUCGCAAACAUUACACAGUGGACGUUGUUGUGGCAUGGUACACUGUUAAUCUAGUAGUGUUCUUUGUUGACAAACAGUUGGCAGAACUGCCUGACCGUACUAGUGCAGUGUUGAUUCUACCACUGAGCAAAGAUAGCAAGGCUAAGGAAGAGAAUCACAAAUUUCUGAAUGCAAAUUCUGGAGAUCCUGCAGAAUGGGUAUGGAGAAGCGUUCCGAAUUGUGUAUAGAUGUGCAUAACCCAAAUUUAUGAAAAGAUCAUUGAAGAUGGGAGCACAGUUCAUCUUGGAGCAAUGAUGAAUGGUGUAAAGACAAUAUAUGGAAUGCAACUAACCGAAGACUUCCGUUCAAUAUCAUUACAAGGUUGGUUUGACAAAUGUUCUCCAGGUUCACUAGUUUUGGUUUAUAACGUAGAAUACCAAAUUGAAUGUCAAUGUUGUUCAUGUAUCCAUGUUACCUUUGGUUUAAAAUUAUCGAAUGUAUGAUGGAUUCCAUCUUCAGCUGAUAAAUUAUCUUUUUAAUUUUGUA